GCGAGGUGAACGGAAGAGGACGUAUCGGAGGGAAGGGGAAGGGCUGCGUACACACGUCACGGGGAAAUAUAAAUUAGCAGCCGCUAGGUACUAUUUCAUGUCUUUAUCUAUUUAUUGAUACAUUUUCCCACGUGUGUCCUUGAUAUCCUGAGACCCGUUGGAAGUCAUUCGUUCGGGCCACAACAUGAAGAUCUAGCGACCAGUCGCCCACUAGGAAUGAGAAACAAUGUGACUGGUUGGAGACACUGAACUUCCCGUCAGACUGAUAGAGGCUAAAAGGCAACGACGACGUUUGGCUUUUGUCCAGGGCUUUAACGCUAAGGCAGUUUGACAGAUUCGUGGCCAUUGCCCCCUGCUUGGUGAAGAACAGACAUUCUUUUCUCGGACAUUGCCUCGCUUCUUUACUGCAGUGCGAGAGGGUGAGGGUGCAACACUGCUCCAGCUGCAGCAGAGAGCCGCCGACGGCUGAAUGAGGGAUAUGCGUUGACCACCAGCAACCUGGCCAGCUGUAUAGCAACCAUCCUGUCAGUUUGACUAUCAUGGAAACCUUGCCUGGAUAAAUCCACCCGAGUACACCUCCCCUCCCCCCGCCCCCUCGGACCUUUGCUCGGACACGACCCUCGGGCUCUGUCCUAACCGGGGGGUGCAAACCAACCCCCGGAUCGAAGCAGUUGCAGGAUUCUUAGGGUUGGUUCCCUGGCCCCUUCCCUGCCCAUCUGUCGCUCUGGCCGACCCGAACCCAGCCCGACCAUGGCAGGGAAUCUGAAGAAAGGUGGGGGGCUCAUCGGUAUGAUGAAGGAUGCGUUCCAGCCACACCACCACCACCUCCAUGCCCACCAUCAGCCGGGCGCCGUGGACAAAAAGACGGUGGAGAAAUGUUGGAAACUGAUGGACAAGGUGGUACGCCUGUGCCAGAACCCAAAGCUGGCUCUGAAGAACAGCCCGCCCUACAUCCUGGACCUGCUGCCAGACACCUACCAGCACCUCCGCACCAUCCUUUCCCGCUAUGAGGGCAAGAUGGAGACGCUGGGGGACAAUGAGUACUUCCGAGUCUUCAUGGAGAACCUGACCAAGAAAACCAAGCAGACCAUCAGCCUGUUUAAAGACGGCAAGGACCGGAUGUACGAGGAGAACUCGCAGCCCCGGCGGAAUCUGACCAAGCUGUCGCUGAUCUUCAGCCACACGCUGGCCGAGCUGAAGGCCAUCUUCCCCAACGGCCUGUUUCAGGGCGACAACUUCCGCAUCACCAAGGCCGACGCCGCUGAGUUCUGGAGGCAAGCCUUCGGAGACAAGACCAUAGUGCCUUGGAAGGUGUUCCGCCAGUCGCUCCACGAGUUCCAUCCCAUCAGCUCGGGCCUGGAGGCCAUGGCCCUCAAGUCCACCAUAGACCUCACCUGCAACGACUACAUCUCCGUCUUCGAGUUUGACAUUUUCACCAGACUGUUUCAGCCGUGGUCGUCCCUGCUACGGAACUGGAACAGCUUGGCGGUGACUCACCCGGGGUACAUGGCCUUCCUCACCUACGACGAGGUCAAAGCACGGCUGCAGAAGUUCAUCCACAAGCCCGGCAGUUACAUCUUCCGGCUGAGCUGCACGCGGCUCGGCCAGUGGGCCAUCGGGUACGUGACGGCGGACGGCAACAUCCUGCAGACCAUCCCCCACAACAAGCCCCUCUUCCAGGCCCUCAUCGACGGCUUCAGGGAAGGAUUCUAUUUGUUCCCUGAUGGACGGACCCAGAACCCAGAUCUAACAGGGUUGUGCGAGCCUUCCCCUCAGGACCACAUCAAGGUCACUCAGGAGCAAUACGAGCUCUACUGUGAGAUGGGCUCCACCUUCCAGCUGUGUAAGAUCUGUGCGGAGAACGACAAGGACGUGAAGAUAGAGCCGUGCGGACACCUCAUGUGCACCUCCUGCCUCACCGCCUGGCAGGAGUCAGAGGGCCAAGGGACGGGCUGCCCCUUCUGCCGCUGCGAAAUCAAAGGCACGGAGCCCAUCGUGGUGGACCCCUUCGACCCCAAGGACAACGGCGCGGGCUACGGGAUCUCCUACGGGGGCUGCAGGGGCAUGUUCGGGGCCGAGGGGGCGCCCUCGCCCUGCUACGACGAUGACGACGACGACCGGCUCGAGGACCCCCACCUCAUGAUGAGCAAACUGGCCUGCUCCAAGGUGGAGCGUCCUCCCUCCCCCAUGUCCCUCACACCCCAGGCCUCGCUGCCCCCCGUGCCCCCCAGGCUGGACCUGCUGCAGCACCGGCCGGCCAGCGCCUCUGGAGCCUCCAGCCCCGUGGUCUCCACCAAAGCCGCGACCCACCACAAGGACAAGCCCCUCCCCCCACCCCCAGCACUGAGGGACCUCCCCCCUCCGCCUCCCCCGGACCGCCCCCACUCCGCCGGGGCGGCCGCCGACGGCCGUCUCGGGAGGAGGCCCUUACCCCACGCCCCCGGGGAGCCAGCGUCCCGGGACAAGCAUCCCCCGACGCCCCCCAACCGUCCGCUUGCCGACUGGGGCUCCCGGUCGGUCCCCAAGCCCCCGGCCACCGCCUCUCCCUCGUCCUCCUCCGCCUCCUCCUCCUCCUCCUCGUCUUCUUCGUGCUCCACUUCCUCCUCCUCCUCUUCCUCCUCCUCCAGCCAGGCCUCGGGUCUCGGAGGGGAGAUCCGAGGGGGUGGGAUCCGGGAGCUCUCCAACAGGCACUCCCUCCCCCUGGCCUUGCCUUCCGCCCUGGACGCCACCGCCGCCAGCAGCCCCCCAUUGAGGAACAGCAGCACCAUCAGCCUGGACCACCAGCUGCCGUUGGUCCCUGCUGCGGGGGACAGCUCUAAGGUGAAGCCCUCGGCCUCCGCCAACGCCAUCUACUCCCUGGCCACCAGACCGUCGACGCUGCCGCGAGCGCUCCCCUGCGAGAGCGACGAGGAGUCGGCCUACAUGGUACCGUCCUCCCGGCCCGUCCACCUCCCCCCCGCCACUCCGGCCCCGCCCACGGCGGCAAAAACGCCCCCCACUGCCAGGGCCCCGCAGCCCGCGGGCCCCCUGCAGACCGCCCCCGCGGCCUACGCCUUCAACCCACGGCACGCGUUCAGUGACGACAUCCAGGACCGACCCCAGAUGUACCAGGCCAUGUAUAAUGUCCAUGCCCAGGCACUCACAGCCUCCCUGCCUCAGCUGGCCAGAGUCUCAGACUACUCUGAGCUGCCUGCCCUGGUGCUGAGCCAAAGCGCCCAGGUCCUGACGGUGGCGAACGGCCGGGAGACGGAGGAGUUGGUGGGGGUGGAGGAGGAGGAGGCGCUGUACGAUAUCCCCCGGUCGGUGGCCACCUCUCGACAGCCCCCCGCGGAGAAGGGGGCGGCUUCAUCCACCUCGUCGUCCACUACCUCGAGCUCCUCAUCCAGGCUGGUGUUCAGCGACCUGUCCUUGGACAUCGAGUCUCGGGCAGCCACACCCUUAAGCGACCCAGCGGCCCCCGAGAGACCGCCCAAGCCCCUGCCCAGACGCUUCAACUCGGAGCGCCGAGCCAGCCCGGCCCGGCCGGCCCCUGGGCCCCUCGCGGGCGGGGCCACGGGGGGGGGAGCAGCAGCAGCAGCAGGAGGAGGAGGAGGAGGAGGAGCAGCGGGAGGUGGAGGAGCAGCGGGAGGUGGAGGAGGAGCAGGAGGUGGAGGAGCAGGGGAGGACCCAGUGAUCAGCGGUGAGAUCGAACACCUGAUCAGCCAGGGCUACUCCUCCCAGGACAUCCAGAAGGCGCUGAUGAUCGCCCAGAACAACGUGGAGAUGGCCAGGAACAUCUUGCGGGAGUUUGUCUCCGUUCCCGCCAACGCGCACAUGCUCACAUAGCGCCCCCCCCCCCACCUCCUCCCCCGACCGCUGGAGGCUCCUGAAGACUCCCGGUCCAGUCCUUCGCUUGGCUCAGCUUUUGGGGAAGGGGAGGUUGAGGGUGGGUCCUGGCUCGGCCCCUAACCCUCAGACCCUGCCGCCUGCUCUGACGCUAGCUUGAAACGCCCCCCGCUGUGUGUGUGUGUGUGUGUGUGUGUGUGUGUGUGUGUGUGUGUGUGUGUGUGUGUGUGUGUGUGUGUGUGUGUGUGUGUGUGUGUGUGUGUGUGUGUGUGUGUGUGUGUGUCCACACGUGCAGCGCGUCACACGACGGAUUCAUGCGUUCCCUGUUGACAUCCUCCCGGGGGGGGGGGGGGGGGAAGGAGAUCACCAACGACUUUUACAAACGACAAAAAAAUUAAAAAACACAAUGUAUGUAUCUAUAUGAGAAUUUAAUAUAUGAGUAAAUAUAUAUUGAACGUGUGUAAUUUAUACGUGCAUAUACGGUGUGUGAGCGAGGCUGUGGUGCGGCCAGGUGAUCCGCUGUGGGGCGUGCAGGUUGAAAGGUGCCUGUUCAGAGGGAUGACAGUACCUGGGAGCAGGAGGGGUGGCGGGCACGCUGUCUGACCGCCGUCUGAGCGGCAGCAGCCUGAUGCACAACGCUCUGCCGAGGGGCUCUGCUGAAUGACUUCCAAGUGUGAUAUUAUGGCCUUCACUUCACAAUGUUGCUUUGGUGCAUUGUUCUGAAGGAAAUCAUUUUCAUCAUUUUGUUUCUCCCCCGACGGGAUUGUUCGUUUGGGGUUCUGUAUUGUUUUCUGGCAGCCUUAGUCUUUUGUGUGUGUGUGUCUGCGUGUGCGUGUAUGUGUUUUGUGCGUGUGCGCGCGUAUGUCUGUGUGUGUGCGCCUGUGUACUUGGCAGCGGAGGAAUUUGGUUGGUUGCCCGACCUGAAUACCUGUUCUCAAACUAACGUUGACUUGACAUGAUUGUGUAUUCACUGUGCAGUAGAACAUAGUGUUCUGUUCUUCUUUUGAAAUCUUCAUUGACUCCUAUGGAAGAGGCGGAUCUACUCAGAAGACCUGCCAGCCGUUGGGACCUGCUUGGUUUACUUUCUGUUGACGGCAUCGGCUGUAACACUCCCAUCUCGUUAACUUCUGAUUGGUCGACCGUGUUGAGAAUCUGUAACCGUGGCCCAUUCUAAAUAUUUGUGAAACCAACAAACAAUGUCUUUGAUUUACUUUGAUAAUAUAUUACUGUAAUCAUAAAUAUUAUUAUAUUAUUUUAAUGAAUUCAGAAGUGCUUCACUGCUGCUACGAUUGUUAGUGCUAAACAAUUAAGCCUUAAAUGUACAUUUGUGAAUAGAUGUUAAACGGUCUCUCUGCUCUUUAAAGUGACAAUAUCGAUGCUAGUGCUCUAGUCUGUAAUGUAGCAUUACAUUGCAGUAGUUACAUCCUACUUGAACUUCCAAACAGCUUGUGAAGCUGCAGUCCUCGCAAGCUGAUGAACUCUUCAGUAGCUCCUUUUUGCCUUAUUAUUUCUUUUUUUGGGCUUUAUGUCUAGCACCUGGAUAUAGAAAUCAUAAACCAGAUGGAAACUGAAAUUACCGAAAGUUUAUUUUUGUGACGUCUGUUCCGGUGUAGCGCGUCUUCUGAAACGUCCCUCUGCUCGAGGUUCAGUGACCAGAGCGGUGGUCAAGUGAGCUAAUUGGUUUGCUGGCCCCUCCCCACCCCUCUAUGCUACACGGAAAAUCAGUAUUUCGGGCCAACUGUAAGAACUAACUCAGGGAUUAUCUAUAUCCAAACAAGUGUCUUUUUGCAUCCCGUCUGCGUUAGCGGAGACAUGACCCCCGUCUCCAGGUGACGUUGGGUGAGUCAAUCCCCGCACAACCGCUGGCUCCCAGGCGAACAAUAUCCCGUUGAUAAAGUUACCCAAGCAACCUUCAUGCUUUUAUUGAGUUCAAGGGCAUCUUUUACUUUUGUUUUUGUUUAUUUGUCACAUUGCGACUUGCACAUUUUACUUAUUUCCAUUGUCAAGGGCAGGACUGGAGACGGGUACUAUGAAUGAAUGAAUGAACAGAGGUAUUGACCGCACCUCUCCCAGCAUAUGAAGAAUGUUGUCAGUGGGCGUGUGAAUGAUGUCUCUCAUCAGGCCAUGGUUAUCAUUACGAUAUAUAUUUUUUAACUGUACUUCUGUCUUCUGACUGGAACGUACCUCUUUGUGUGGUCCUUCUGUUCAUAGUUGCCUUGAGAAACGGAGCGAGAGGAGCGGUAGAGCUGAAUGAGUGAUGGAUGAGUGGGACGGGAGAACUCCUGGGAUCAUGAUUACUGUACCGAUGUUGUGUUGAUGUUCUGAUAAAAUAUUGAUAGAUCUACUUUUUCUUUUUUUCAAACAGCGCACCUUUGUGCUGUCAUACUGUCACUCUAAAGAGGGAAAAAAAUGUAUAAAGUUACUGAGAUGAAAGAA